AUGAGAAAAGGACGAGAAAGAGCCAAGCGAGAUGAAUCCCUAACUCUGGAGCCAUCCAGAGAAGCAAAGAAGAAGAUGAUGAAAAGCUUCAAAGGUGUCAGCUUGACGACUCUAGUGUCGGUAGUAGUCAAUGCCUGGAUAUUGCUGCUCGCCGUUGCUCGUCGGCGAUCUAUCGAUCCUCCUGGACCUAUCGGAGACCUUGAUGUCAGAAUCCAUGCUAACGCGAGAAUUCCGAUGGAUUUCCGGCGGGCAUACAUGGUCUUCUACAAAUCCCCUGCGCGCACAAUCCCUGCAGCGGUCAAACUAAAUUUGCGAGGAGGUUUUGAAGAAAACGAUAAGCCAAUUGAAAGCAGCAAGACCUUGAAACAAGUUCGGUCUGCACAACUUUGUGACGAGGCAUGGCAGAUCCAAGGGGAUGGGCAGGUUGAAGAGGCUGUCAGGCUCUUGAAGGAGGCACUUGUGGAGGAUCCCACAAACACUGAGGCCAUUUCAAAGCUGGGAAUGAUCUAUGAGUAUGAGAUGGAGGACUACAAAGUUGCCAACAUGUUAUACCAGAAGGGACUAAGUAUACUUCCGAACAGCUCCACUCUACUUUAUGAUUAUGCUGUAUUCUUGCAAGAACGUUUGAAGGAUAUCGAUGGUGCCGAGGAAUACUACAGGAGAGCCUUGAAUCAAAAUCCAACUGAUCCCAACAUCCUCAACAACUAUGCGGUAUUUUUGAAGGAGCGUCGUAAUGAUACAUUGAGAGCGGAUGCCAUUUUCCGACAAUCAAUCGAGGUUUCACCGAACUCUACCAGUACAUUAUGCAAUUAUGCCACGUUCCUUGAAAGCUCUUUCGGUAAAUACGACGAAGCGGAAGAGAUGUACAAAAGAGCUCUUGAGAUAGAGCCAAAUGAUGCGUCGACUCUGUACAAUUUUGCGAUCUUUUUGGAGGAAGUCCGAGGCGACAUCGAUGGUGCAGAAAACAUGUAUAGGAGAGUCCUUCAAAUCGAACCAACGGAUAGUGAUGCUUUGAACAACCUUGCUUUGAUCCUCCAAAAUUCGAGGAGUGACUACAAUGGAGCGAAGAUACUGUUUGAACAGGCUCUGAGCGCAUGUCCUGAGGACUUGUCUACUGUCAACAAUUUGGCCGUUCUUUAUGAAGAUUGCCUUAACCAACCCGAAGAGGCAGAAAAAUGGUACAAGAGGGCCCUGCAGCUUGGACCAAAUGAUGUUACCACCCUAUGUAAUUAUGGCGGUUUCCUCAACAAUUUUGGUGACAAGAACGGUGCUGAAGCCUUGUUCGAUAAAGCUCGGUCGAUUGAUACGCUAAUGGCGAAUAGAUUGAUUGAAGCUCAGGAAAGCAAAGAAGGUGAAACGGAUCUUUCGCCUAGCAACGCAACUGGUCCGAGGAAGAUGAUUAAGGCAUAG